GCAAAUCAUAUUUCACUACAGAUUUUGGUGUUGGAUGAAGCAGAUAGGAUGUUGGAUGACAGCUUUGAUGACCAGUUGAAGGAAAUUAUCAAGCAGUGUUCUGGUAAAUGUCAGACUAUGCUCUUCUCAGCCACAAUGACAUCCAAAGUGAAGGAGUUGGCAGUUGUCUCUCUCAAGAACCCUGUCAAGGUCUUUGUAAAUGAGAACACAGAUGUUGCAAAAAAUUUACGCCAGGAAUUUAUUCGCAUUCGUAAAAAGUACGAUGGUCACCGAGAAGCCAUGUUGGCAUAUCUAGUAUCUCGGUCCUUUAGUCAAAACUGCAUUGUCUUCGUAGAAACAAAGGUUUUGGCUCAUCGUCUGAACAUUCUACUUGGGCUGAUGGGAGUGAGAUGUGAUGAACUACACAGUAACCUUAAACAAACAGACCGUCUUAUGGCACUCAAAAAGUUCAAAGAUGAAGAGGCUGGUGUGCUGAUUGCUACAGACGUUGCUGCCAGAGGCCUUGAUAUAAAGGGAGUCAAAACAAUCAUAAAUUACACCUUACCAAGUAAAUACAGCAAAUAUGUUCAUCGAGUCGGCCGUACUGCUCGAGCUGGUCACUGUGGUCGCUCAGUCAGCUUGGCUGGAGAACGUGAAUUCCUUUUGUUGAAGGAAAUUAAGAGGUGCUCCAAAACUGCAAUGUUUGAAAGAGUGUUAAACAAAGAUAUCCUUGAGAAGUACAAAGCUAAGCUUGACAAACUGGAGCCAGCUACAACGAGUUCUUGAAGAAGAAAUAGAAGAAAAGAAGAUGCAAGCAAUGGAACAGACUAUUAAGACAAUGGAGAAUAAACUAAAAGGCAACAUAGAAAUUAAGCCAGAGAGAACAUGGUUCCAAACAGAUGAAGAAAUCAAAGCUAAAAAGAAAAAUUCAGCAAAAGCUAUUAAACAGAGAAGCCUGGAAAGGCUCAGAAGAGAAAGAGACAUGAACUAAAUGAGAAUGAUCCUAAUGACAGGCGAUUAUGAAGGAGAUGAAUCUC